AAAAAAAAUCGGGAGGGCGGAAAUCAAAAGAGCACACGGGAAGAAGAUGGUCUAACGCACAUGUUAUCCUGUGCUCGACUUCGAGCGGAAAAAAAAAAGAACCUCAUUCACGAGCAAACAAAGCCAUUGGCAGAGCCGGAGUAGAAGCUCAACCGCGGUGGUGCUCGCUGGAAACAGAAAAGAAAAUAAUAAUUAUUGAAGAGAACCCCCCUACCAUACCUGACUAUUCAGAUUCUAAAAUACUCCAGAUAAAACCACCAUAAUGAGACGAAAAGGAAAUCAAAAUCAGGACGAGGAAGAGUACGAGGAGGAGGACUUUGGUUCCAGAAAAGACGGACCCUCUUCGAAUCUCACUUCUAACAACAGCACUAAUAGUAACAUUAACAAAGAUGGGAAGAAUAUUGAUAAGGCUAAUGCAAUAAGAUCCAAGCAUUCAGUAACUGAGCAACGAAGGAGGAGCAAGAUCAAUGAGAGAUUUCAGAUAUUGAGAGAUAUUAUACCUCAUAGUGAUCAAAAGAGAGAUACAGCAUCAUUUCUGUUAGAGGUUAUUGAAUACGUGCAGUACUUACAGGAAAAGGUGCAAAAGUAUGAGGGUUCAUACCAGGGAUGGACUUCUGAGCCCACAAAGUUGAUUCCAUGGAGAAAUAGUCACUGGCGUGCUCAAAGUUUCAUUGGUCACCCACAAGCAAUAAAAAAUGAUUCUGGUCCAGGGCCAACAUUUCCUGGGAAAUUUGAUGAGAAUAACACUGCCAUCACCCCAACCAUGCUUACAGGCACACACAGCCAAGUAGAAUCAAACCUUGGCAGGGAUGUUGCUUGCAAAGCAGCAGAGCAGCAGCCUGAAUUAGGAAACAAGGUUAUGCCUCUUCCUGUGUCCUUGCAGACUGCAAUGCCUACUCCUGUUCAAAGUGAUGGUGUUGUUGCACUUCCUCUUCAGCAACCUGUUUCUGAUGCACAGUCAGCUGACUUUCCCAUCACAAGUGAUACAAUGAACCAGCAGGAGGAGCUGAUCAUUGGAGGAGGAACAAUAAGCAUCUCCAGUGUUUACUCUCAAGGGUUGUUGAGCAAUCUUACACAAGCAUUGCAGAGUGCUGGUGUUGAUUUGUCACAGGCCAAUAUCUCGGUGCAGAUUGAUCUUGGAAAGAGGGCAAAUAGAGGGUUGACAUCGGGAAAAUCAUCUACUGAUAAGGAUCCUCAGAAUCCUACUCCUUGCAAUCAAGCAAUGACACAUCUUAGGGAUGUGAGCAGUGGAGAGGACUCAGAUCAGGCUCAAAAACGGCUGAAGAUGUAAGAAUAGUAUGGCUUCUUGGAUCUUCAUAUUCACUCUGUUCCUCUUUCUACUUUUGUCUAUUAUUUCUUUUGGUUUUCUUCCCCCGGUGUACAUGCUAUGCUUUCGGUUUAUCAGACUCUUAGCAGUAUUUCUUGAGAUUCACGUUAAGAGCUGUUACCUUAGAUUAUAUGUUUUCCCUGGAAUGUUCCUGUAGUUCUCUGAUCAGGUGGUGCCAUCGCCUGUAUCAUCGUUGUAUCAUACAUAUUAAUCUAAUAUAUACAUAUAUAUGAAAUGGAGGUGGAGCCUUUUUGGGGCAAUCCUUGUGGGAAUA